AUGCUCGCAAUUGCCGCUUUGCUGGCCGUACACGCAGGACUCGCUGGUUCGAUACCUACCGCACCGGAAAACAUUACCGUCACCUUCCUCACGCCCACCUCGGUACGAGUCUCAUGGCAAACCUCGAUGGAUCCGCACACGCUGCCGGUGGACAAAUACGAUGUCACGUACAAGCCGACCGAUGCCAGUUACAGGGUUGUGGUAGUGGUGGCCGGUAACCGGGACGCGGUAACGCUCGGUGGACUGACGCCGGACACGCAGUACCAGUUGACGGUGGCCGCCGUCUGGAACGGGAAGAAGUAUCGCAGCCGACCGAUCGUAUUCAGAACACUGGAGCCUCCAAAGACCUCGCACCCGCUCGAUCCGGGCUCGCCGGCGGGUAGCAGCGGUCCCCCGAACUCACCCCACGCCGAUACCGCCCCCUCGCUGAGCGGCUUCGGGAUCUUCAACGAUGAGUUCGGCAACAUGUCCGUUAACUCCACGUCCCGCGAACUUCCAACGAUCCGUGGUGUAGAGAUCGGUAUCGUAGUGUUAGUGUUAAUAGUCUGGGCUGGUGCUAUAGCUUUAUUUUUUAACCGAUGGGGUAAGAUACGAAUGUUGCUUCCAUAUCAACCGGACUACAAGCAGGAACAGCUGAAGGUUCCUGGUACGGGCGUCUGUGCCAACGGUACCUGCAACGGACAACAUUCCCAUCAGCCUUACCAUCCGUGGCCGGAGGAGCCCUCCUCGGUGAUCUCGGAACGUUGCACGAGGGCCCGUAUCAACUCGGCCAUAUUCGUCUCGUCCGAGGGCAAAGGGUUCGACUCGAUCGAGUUCAUCCGCCGGUACGGCUCCCAGAGUGUCCUCUGUCGAAAGGCGAAGAGUGCCGAGAACGUGUCGGCCUCCGAGCGACAGCGGCGCUUUUCCGAGUACCCCGAGUGGGAGACAGAGGACAGCACAACGGGCACCAGCGGGCCGGCCGGCGGUGGGAACGCGCGGCGGAAAAAGUCCCUCAAGCCGCAGGACUCGAUCGAGAUGGUGGAAUGCCACAAGGAACCGGUGCAGGUCACGGUGCCGGUGCCACCCGUGCCCACCGUCACGCCCGGUGCCCUCCCGGUGGUGGCCGGCACGACGGCGACGCUGGUCACGGUCGGCGUUCCGAUCGCGCUGGCCCCGAGCAAGGUGAUCACGAUCCCGCCCGGGCUCACCGGAAACAGCAGCGUCGGCGUCCUGAGUGGUCAGGGCGUCAGCAACGGCACCGGGGGAGGCGCCGGAAUACCGAUCGGGGUCAAACCGACGCCGAAGCUAUCCAACCUGCCGACGCUCUCGGUGUCCGGACCGUCGCCACCGCACGAGGAAGAAUUUCUGUUAUAAUCCCGGUACGACCUGGCGACUUAGAACUUAAGAUCUUAUAAACUCGCUUAGAUUGGGUGACAAGGUGUGAUAACCAGGUAGGAUAGGCCGAGCGGAGCAACAAGGGAACAAGAAAAUGAGAAACGCAGGGCGCAUUUAAACACACUUAGAGCAGUAGGUUUUGUAACAUAGGUUCGUGGUGGGAGAAAGCGUAGUUUGAAGGUGUGUAGUUCGGUAGAAGAUGACCAAAACAAAUCCUCUCUUAGUAUAUCGAAGCUGUUGUGGAGAAAACACACUCCUGUAAAUUACCGUUCGACUUCGUGGAAAGUAGGACUUUAAAGGACAACUACUUCAUUCGAAGCGCAGGUGACUUGCGAUACGAUAGGACGUACGUGUCCAUCGUGCCGCUAGCUUCAACUCCGAUGAGCUUUAAACGGUUCAUCCACUAGCAGGCGGCGAUUGCUAUUACUAUUGCAACGACUACCACUACCAACACUGCUACUAUGCCGUUCGAGCGAACGUUUCUGUAUGUCGUAACUAGGACAAAAUGUUGACAUCCUUGACAUUUGACCAACCGAUGUUUGUUUUUAAUUUCCUUUAUCGAAGGGUAUUUAUCAGAAAAGACCAAAGAAUACCGAACACAAAUGAGUGUAUUUUUUUUGUAGUGUAGGUUAGGAGUGGAAUCAACUCAUCCAGGCCCACAUGUACCUUUUUCCUACAUUUCAAACGUACAUUCGAUCGACGAUGAUCGUGGAAUCUCUUAUCGGCAUAGCGUAAGGAGGUAGCGAGCGACUAGAGGACGUGUGUGUGUGUGUGUAGUAUUCCAGAAACGAGCAGACCAAAGUAUUUCAAAAUGAUAUGUAUGUAUGUGUGUGUGUGUGUAUGUGUGCGUGGAAUGUUAUGCGCGUGUCGAAAGGAGCAUGAAAGGGAGCAUCGUUUGCUAGGAAAGUAUAUUUUUAUGCGUAAGAAAAUAAUUAAAAUAAAUCAACCACAUCGAUAAAAGGACAUCAUGGCGUGCUCCGAAAGACUUCACUUUGAAACCUUUCUCCGAGCGGGACCGUAGUGAGUAAAGCCAGCGCCAAGAACGAUAGGGAGAGCUAGAGAAGGGGAGAGAAAGGAAAAGAAACAUUGAAAUUUAAAUUUAAACCAACCGAUCCAGUGACCGUUAAGGACCCAUAUUUUUCCUACGAAAUAUGUAUGUAUUCUUACACGCAACGUAUAGCGGAUUGUCACUGUUCGGACGUAUCGAGUGGGUGGAAGUAUCGAAACGAAAUAAUAAAGUUUAACAAAC